AUGCUCACUGCCUCUCAACAUCCAACAGUUGAAUUAAUCUCAUCUACUCUAAGUCAAACAAUCUCAGUUGGUGAUAUUCUUCUUCAUUAUGGUUCGAGACCAACGAUGAUCACUGUGAAUAUUUGUAAACAAAGUUUACCAUUGUCUUCAUCAUCUCAAUACAAUCCCGCAGUCUUAUAUCAUCCACCCGUUAAUAGAUCACAAAAUCCAAGUGUAUUAUGCGACUUAAAAAAUAUCGAAGAACAACAACUACAACAAGUUGAAAAAUCCAAUAAUACUGCUACAAAUAAUCUGACUACGAAGUCGAAUAUUCGUAAAAAAGCCAUGUACAUACCAAAAGUCGGAUGGGAAUUUUGUAAAGAAAGUCUGGCUAAUUCAAAAUUAAGAAAAAAAUUGUACACCUCCCAUUCGAAAACUAACAAAAAAGAUCCAGUGAAAGAAAACGAUGAUAUUACCACCGAGAUAACAAAUAAUGAACAUACUCAGUUGUGA